AUGUCUGCCAUUUUCAAUUUUCAGAGUCUGUUGACUGUAAUCUUGCUGUUUAAAUGUACCUGUGCUUAUAUCCGAUCCUUGGUACCCGGCUUCCUGGACAGAAAUAAAACUGGACUGUUGGGUAUAUUUUGGAAGUGCCCCAGAAUUGAUGAACAGAAGAGUGCUUAUAUUGCAGUGUGCUGUGUAGUGACGGCCUUCAGCGUGCUCUUCAUACAGUAG